UAGUGACGGUCGCCGGCAGGCAGGGGAUUGCGUCAGGAAGGCGGAUGAGAGGGGCUCGGGAGGGGUGAGUGCGAGCGUCGGCGCCGCAGAGGCUGGCUAGGCACGGUCCGGCGACUGCGAGUUGAGCCCGGGACAGCGUCGACUCAAGGCCUGGGAGCUGCGUGCGGCUUCCGGCUGGGGAGGGAGAGAGGGAGGGUGGAAGCAGAGCCAGGCGAGGCCCGCGUCGCUCCCGUCUUCAGCCUUCGGGGCGGACUCUUGCGCCGGAGAACUGCGGCCUCCUCUCAGGGACAGGCUCUUGGGGCGCGCGGCUCGGCCCCGCGGGGUGGCGGUCCCUGUGGUGCAGUGGGCCAAGGGAGAGCGUGGCCGCUUCCGUCCAGCGCUGCGGACUGUGGUGGCCCGACAUUGGUUUGUGCCUGCUCAUGAGAGGCCGUGGUUGGACGCGGGGAAGUUGGUGGGCACGCUGCUGCAGGGCAGGCACUGGCAGGCCUUCCGUUCAGAGCUUUCUGGUUGUUUUGGUUUUAUUUUCCUCACAACAACAUGACGGUGACUCAGUGUCUUGAGGAGGAAGGGAGAGCCUGCAGCGCAGUGCUGAGGCCGGCGAUAGCGAGCGUGGGCUCUCCGUCCUGCGCAACAAGCCUCCGAGAGCAGCCCUGCUAGCUGGGCGAGCUGGGUUCUCACCACCCUACCUCAGAUGAAAUAAAAUGGCAAUGGGGCAAGAAGCUGGAAAACCUCCUUGGCCUAAACCAGCAGGAGGAUUUCAGACUGUUAGAAGUAAAAGAUACGGAAGAAGACAUGCCUAUGUCAGUUUCAGACCACCUUUGAACAGCCAAGACAGAGAUGAACAUCAACACAAUGAAGUCUGCAAACAAUUAGAGUUGGAGAAUGUUCAGAAAGAGAAUUCUUUAUGUUCCAGUCCGUUGGUUCAAGCUGCUUCUGGUUUAUUCAGUGAGUCUUUAGAAAAUACUGGAGUUGGAGAACCCAUUUGCCGAAGUGUAACAAGCCAAGCUUUUGAUAUGAACACGUCACCAUUGUCUCAGUUCUCGUGUGAACUGGAAGACAGCCGAAUCUCAGGGAACUUUAUGAAUCCUCACGGAAAUUCUGAGGACCUUGCAGAAUACUCAUCUGGAGGGCAGAGUGAUUUGAAUGGUCAGAAUGGAAUGGCUUUUGUAGACAUUGACUCUUACGAGCCAGAUAGCAGUGAUGGAGAGGAAGAUGAUGCUCAAGAUGAGUUCUCUUUGGCAAGAGAAGAGGCAGGUAUGUUCCAGGAAACACUAGAUAAUGUACUUUCUGAGUUAGACAAAGGCAUAGAGUCUUUUACUGAUGUGCAGUCUAGACUGUCAGGUCUCAACUACAGCGUUUCCAGAGAGUGCUGUGAAGAAGUAGGACCAAUGCCUUCAAAGAGCUGUUUUGGCAUAGACUCAGAGUUGGCAUGUCCAAACAGCAGAAGAUUUAAAUCUUCUGCUGCAUAUCAAACUGUACCAAAAAGCAGCCCAGCUGGUAUCAAUUAUGAAAGUGAGAGUGUUGGAAUGGGAACCCCUGUAGCAAUUGCUAGCGAAUUAGAUGAUGAUUGGAAGACUGACGAAGGAAUUCCACCUGAGCUAGUAGUGAGGCCCAAAAUAAGAAAACAAAAUACUUCCAACCAGUUCAAUGAAGAGAAGUUUCUCCCUAAUGAUAAUGAAGAAAGUAGUUCCUGGAGGAGAACUGGAAUUGCUGAAGUCCAGCAAGGCUGUGCUGAGUAUGCCAUGAGAAACAGUAAAGAAGAGAUGAGCUCUAGCAUAUUCUUUGACUCAAGAGAGUAUGAAGUUCACCGACAAAACACAGAAAUACAUCUAAGUAAAACUGCAGCAGCUCAAGAAGAAGAUAUUCCAGAUGAUUGUACUUUUUGGGGUGAUUUUGAAGACUGCAAGAGGCUCUUUGCAGUGUGCCGCCAAAAUGAAAACAGCUCAGAAUGCAGUGAUGGAGAAUGGUCUACAGCUGUGCCUACCUAUUUUACUGCUACAGAAAAAGACCAGUCCUCAAGUGAUGAGAGCUGGGAGACUGUCUCAGGCAGGGAGGAACAUGAACCUGAAGUGCAGAGCCGCAGCAUUGAUGAUGAAGAGGAGAGCACAGACUUCUGUUUGCAAGGAGGGGAACAGACAUUGGAGGAAGGAGAAGUUCCUUGGUUACAGUAUCGGGAAGAAGGAGCAAGUAGCAGUGAUGAGGAAAAUGAUCUGACUAGUGAUUUUGUGCAUCCUGGUUUCUUCUUGUUGGAUGGAAAUAACAAUCCUGAGGAUGACUCCAGUGUGAGCGAAGACUUGGAUGUGGAGUGGAGACUACUUGAUGAGUUUGAUGACCUAGAACUGGCUCAAGCCAUUCCUUAUGUGAAUCCUCAGUUUCUCUCAUUUAUGGCACUAGAGAGAAGCUUACAAGAAGCUGUGGAGACUGCUCUGGUACAGAUGGAGUCUCUUGGAUUUGAUUUUGAAGAGGCUCAUCCACCAGCUACUAAAGAAACCAUAGAUAGUCUGCCACAGAUUAUCGUCACAGAUAACCACCAUGGACAAGAGCUGUGUUGUGCUAUCUGUUGCAGUGAAUAUGUGAAAGAUGAAGUAAUAACAGAGCUACCCUGUCACCAUUUGUUUCACAAACCUUGUGUAACACUCUGGUUACAGAAAUCAGGAACAUGCCCAAUUUGUCGUCAUGUGCUUGGACCUGUGCUUCCUGAAGCAACUGACACUAUUUCCAUACUAUCCGAUUGUGAUUCGGUAUCUUCCAUUCAAACUAGUGCAGGAGGUUCAGACUAGGUUCUGAAAUUAAAACUUUGCUACCAAAAUAAAAGUGUACAUUUACCUGUUUGUUUAAAAUGUCAAAACAGUUAUGUAUAAACUGUUCUGUGUAAAAUACUAUCUAUGUUGUAUAUUUUUGUUUAGAAAGAGGGUGCAGAACUUUCUAAACUCUUUAGGUUUACAUAAUGGUUUAAAUUUCUGAACAGUAAGGUAGAAGAAUGUGAAGCCUUUUUAUUAGCAGAAUGUUGUUGGUAAGUGUAAUGCUUAAACCUUGUAUUACAAUUUUUUUAAAAUACAAUUACUGUGGCACUUUCUUCAAGUCUUUGCAGCUGCAGUGCAGUUGCAGCCUGUUAAAACUUGUGGUUAUAUAUCUUAUUUUACACAGUAUAGUUGAACAAUGCCUUUUUUUGUGUGCCACAGAGUGACAUUUCUAGUUGAUCUGUCAUAUUUUGUCAAAUGCAACAGUGUUCUAUGAUGUUAGCAGAGGUAGAACUUCAUUUCACUGGAAACAAAUUGCAUAAUGGAAAAACUUUUUGUAACUAACUCUUCCAUAAUAAAUUUCAUUCUUUAUGUCAGAAGCACUA